GUACCUACGUACAUCAUCAUCCUGCAAACAUUGAAGCUCCCAACUUCAGCUGCCAUUUUAUUUAUUCCAUGUACAUACCUACCUAGUACAUCUAGGUACUGCAUCACAAGGCUUCAAUUGAUGUUAGAAGUAUGGUAGUGCACACGCUCUAAUACCUCAAUAUCCUUCCUUCGCCAUGGCAUCUUCCGAUUCUCGAUUUACGGCUCAAAAUAAGACGACACAGCAGCGCAUAUCCACCAAUACCGUUGGUCUGGUAGCUCUGUCUGAUUUUCGCAAGCGACGCGCCGAGGUCCUCGAGCAGCAGGAUCGCGAAGCCCGUGAGGCCCUUAUUACCGGCACACCCCAAGACACCCCCGAACAGUCGCGCUCCGGUACCCCUAACAACGACGAUAGCGAAGUUUCCGUGCCCCCCAAGAAAAAGAAGAAGGAGAAAAAGGCAGCCAAAGUUGGGGGGGCCAAGCUAUCAUUUGGAGUCGACGAGGAGGAUGGCACCGAAAAUAGCGACGAAGGAUCUAGUACUAGCAAGAAGCAAGACAAGGGUGAGAAGAAGCUCAAGUUCAAGGCCAAUUCUUCCGUUUCGGUGGUGCCGCGCGCUGUAACAAAGUCUGCUCUCCGUCGUGAGGCGGCCGAGAGGGAAACCCUACGACGGAAAUUUCUGGCGCGCCAGGAGGCGGUGAAGGCGACCGAGAUUGCGAUACCCUUUGUGUUCUACGAUGGAACGGACAUUCCGGGCGGCGUCGUCCGCGUCAAGAAGGGAGACUUCAUAUGGGUCUUCCUCGAUAAAAGCAGGAAGGUCGGUGCUGAUCUCGGUGUGGGUGAGAAGACGAAUUCGAGAAGGGAAUGGGCACGAGUUGGUGUCGAUGAUUUAAUGAUGGUUCGAGGAAACAUUAUCAUCCCUCACCACUACGAGUUUUUGUUCUUCAUCAUGAACAAAACUGUCGGCCCUACCGGCAAGCUCCUGUUUGACUAUCUUGCCGACGUCCUGAAUCCAGACGGCUCGAGUCGUUCCGAGGACGACCAGGCCAAGACAGCUAGUCAGGUUAUCAUUAAACCUGACAUAGGGGAUUUGGAAGGUGCUUCAGAUGACCCGGCUUUUACCAAAGUUGUUGACCGGAGAUGGUAUGAGCGGAAUAAACACAUCUAUCCCGCUAGCGUUUGGCAAGCCUUCGAUCCGGAGAAGGACUACCAAAGCGAGAUAAGACGUGACCUCGGCGGGAAUACCUUCUUUUAUUCCUGAAAGCCUUGUUGCUUAAUUCGGAUUUGUUUACCCCAAUAUCGACGCCAUAAUCGAUUUAUAUUUGUUAUUGCUU